AUGGACUUGAGAAACCUUUCCAGCACACCUAAUCAGUUGGACACGGUCAUGCAACGCAGACCGUCGCUUUCGUCUUUAUCUUCAACUUCAGGCUAUGCCCUGUCGAGCUACGCUGGCGGCGCCUCGGCGGCCAACGGCCAGGCUUCGUCGAACGUUGUUGCUGGGGGCGCCAACCCUAUGCAUCAGGCUUCCAACCUGGAGAACCACACACCGCAGAUGUCUCUGCUAAAGCUUUCUGGCGACCAGGGCAAUCGCAUGUACUCGGGAAUGCUGAGUAACUCGUCCAGUACGAACUUGGCUGCCGCCGGUGGCAUUCCUCCUGCUCUGGUGGUGAGCAACGUGGUCCCUUGGGUCGAGCAACAGAAACAACAGCAGGCCUUGACCAUGAACUCGUUGGAUAACGGGAAAAAGGGCUCGCUGCAGAAACUGGCUCCGUUGUCUGGGCCUGACGCCUCUCCUAGCAUUGCACCUAUGGUGACCACUUCCGCUAACGCCUCUACCACCAUGGAGGAUGACGAUGACGAGUUGAUUCCUACUGCUAUCGUCAUCAAGAAUAUCCCUUUUGCCAUUAAAAAGGAGCAGUUGUUGGAUGUCAUGACGAAACUCAACUUGCCUUUGCCUUAUGCGUUCAACUACCACUUUGACAACGGUGUUUUCCGUGGUUUGGCUUUUGCCAACUUUACUUCCACUGAUGAGACCUCUAUGGUUGUGAAUCAGUUGAAUGGUAGAGAGAUUGGCGGCAGAAAGUUGAGAGUUGAGUAUAAAAAGAUGUUGCCUGCUCAGGAAAGAGAGAGAAUCGAGAGAGAAAAGAGGGAGAAGAGGGGCCAGUUGGAAGAACAGCACCGUUCAAACUCCAACGCCUCUUUGGCCUCGCUUAUAAGUGCCGCCUCUACUACUGCUGCCACCAAGAACCUUAGUGUCAACGGUGCUCAGUACAACUCUCAAACAGAGCGUUUAUUGACUCAUUUCCCUCUGAGCAACGCCAACAUGCCACCUCCUCCAGUAGAGGUCAACUUUAACGACCCUGACGUGCUUGAGUUGUACUCCCAGUUGCUCACUUACAGAGAUGACAACUCCAAGCUCAUUUUCGAGUUGGCUUUCCCAGCUAACAUUUCAUUGCAACACCGUAAGGUGUUCUCUCUUUUGUGCUCCUACCUUAACUUGUUGGAGCUUUACGACAACGGCUUGAUUAUUAUCCGCAGAAAGCCUGGUCAACAAACUAUUCAGCAGCGCCAGCAACAGAGCGCCACAUUUAACCCACAUCUUCAUCAUCAACAACAGGGUUCCGCACCAGCCGCCACUACUCCUCAGCACCAUUCACAGCAGCAGCAGCAGCAUCAGCAGCAGCAUCAGCAGCAUCAGUCUCAACAACUGCAACAGCUGCAGCAGCCACCUCAGCUGGCUGGACAACAGGGUCAGAAUAAUGGCGGCGGUCACCCACAGCACUCUAACUCGAUGAUGAACAUCAACCAAUUACCCGCUUUACUCAGUGGUUACCCAAAUAAUUUGCAGACCCCCAACCCUCACGCUCCCGAGUUGUUGAGAUCUCAGUCUCAAUCGGCGUUGCCAUUGACUAGACUUAGACAGCUGAGCUCUACCCCUGUCCAACAGCAGUACUCACAGUACCCAUCAGGAGGAAUGCCUGGUCACAAGAAUCCGCCCGCAUCUCAAGGUGCUAACUCCAAGUACCAGUCGUUUGUCGGAUACGGCGGAAAUUCUGCUGGCAACCAGAACCAGGUUUCUCAGCUCAGCACUCCCAACUCCAGCAGUGCAGCAGCCUUGUUGAGAUCUUCCAACAACAGGCUGUUUGUGGAUGUUAGAAACACACCACCAUUAGCAGGCACCAUGCCUUCUCAGUCCGUAUCUGACUCGCCCACUCCUCAGCACACUACCACCCACGGUGGUCAUGUGUACCAGGGCCAGCAAGGUCAGAACUUCUUUGGUCAAGGAGCUCAAAUCAGUCAGCCAGGCACUCCAUUGGGAAAUGCUGAUUUGAACAACCGGUUCGCUCCUUUCGGACAGCAUGCCCACCUUAACGGCAGCUUCAGCUCGUUGCAGCCAACAUCUGCCAACAGCGAAGAGUUCUCGUUGGGUGGUGACGGUAUGUCGUCCAAAUUAAACGGCUUGACCUUAGGAAACGGAUACGAGCAGAACAAGAGCAGUGGCAGUGGGAUCUGGGGCCCCAAGAAGUAG